AUGAAAUUCUUAUUAGUUGUCUUUUUAAUUUUCGCCGCUUUGUUGGCCACUGUCAGUGCCGACCGUAUGGAUCUCCAAGACGACAUGCUCGAGAGAAAGCCACACAUCAACAACCAAUUGAAAUGCGAUGUCUGCCACUACGUAGUCAAGGCCACUGAAGACCUCGUCUCGAGAAACUACACCCAACGUCAAAUCGUCAACCACUUGGAGAGCGCCUGCCACCGUCUCCCACACAAGUGGGCCAAGCAAUGCGAACACAUUGUCUCUGCCAACGCCGUCACCAUCAUCAAGAAGUUGGUCGCCCACGAAACCCCAGACAAGGUCUGCAAGCAAAUUCACAUGUGCAAGUCCAUGUUUGGUGAAGAGCCACUCCUCCAAGAUCUCUUUGAAGUUGAAUCCGACUCUGACUCUGACUCUGAUGACUCUGACUAUGAACUCUUCAACCUCCAAGCCGUCGAACAACUCGAAAAGAAGCACCACAAGUGGCACCCAAAGAACCCACUCAAGCACUUAAAGUGCAAGGCCUGCAAGAUGAUUGCCAGCAAGGCUGAAAAGUACGUUGUUGCCGGUCGUCCAGCCCAUGAAAUCGAAGCCGCCAUGGACGGAGAAUGCAACCACCUCGGUAUCCACGAAGCCGUCAAGGUCUGCAAGAGCAUCGUUCACUCCACCAUGAACCACAUCAUCGACGAAAUCAAGAAGCACGGUGAUGCCAACCAUGUUUGCAAGGCUGUCCACAUGUGUUAA